CGUUUCCAGUAAUUUCUACGGGCAACAAAACCAGCGGCAGGAGUCGAGAGGUUUCGAGAAGCGAGCUGGUCUCACCGGUAUUAGAAACGUUUCGCCGCCUUCUCCAUUCAUUUCAGUUGAAUAUCUGUUUUAACGCCGAUUCAACAUGGCGAAGUGGGGAGAAGGAGACCCUCGCUGGAUCGUGGAGGAGAGAGCGGAUGCUACAAAUGUCAACAACUGGCAUUGGACGGAGAGGGAUGCUACAAACUGGUCAUCAGAGAAGCUGAAGGAACUACUUAUGGGGCUGCGGGUGGAGAGUGACGACGGCAUGUGUGAGAUCACAGAGUUCAGCAAGGUGGAGGGAGAGGCAUCUAUUAACAACCGGAAAGGGAAACUUAUUUUCUUCUAUGAAUGGAAUCUAAAGGCCACCUGGACAGGUAUGAAACUGAUGUCAAGUUUGCUAAUAAUGUCUCUUUACUCUGCGAAAUGUCUGUUUCAAGACUGGUCCUUUACAUGCUCUAUAGUGCAUGCCAUCUGACACUUAAAGGAACAAUACGGCAUUUUUAGGA